AUGCUGCUGGGGUGCCCAGACAAGACCCUCGUUCCAGGCCCUUGUGACCCGGAGGAUCUGCUGGACGGUGUGAUUUUUGGGGCAAAAUACCUGGGCUCCACGCAGCUGGUCUCGGAGAGGAACCCCCCGACCAGCGUCCGCAUGGCCCAGGCCCAGGAGGCGGUGGACAGGAUCAAGGCACCGGAGGGGGAGUCCCAGCCCAUGACCGAGGUGGAUCUGUUUGUCUCCACGCAGAGGAUCAAGGUGCUCACGGCUGACACACAGGAGGCCAUGAUGGAUCACUCCCUCCAGACCAUCUCCUACAUCGCCGACAUCGGCUCCCUGGUGGUGCUCAUGGCGCGCCGGAAACUGCCUCGGCGGUCGGAGGUGGCAGAGGAAAAGCGGCUCUACAAGAUGAUCUGCCAUGUCUUCCAUUCGGCCGACGCCCAGAUCAUCGCUCAGGCUAUCGGGCAGGCGUUCGGCGUGGCCUACCAGCGCUUCCUGGAGGCCAACAGCAUCGACCCAAGCGAGCUGAGCCCUCGCCAGUACAGCCGUGCCCUCGAGGACCAGGAGCAAUACAAUGCGGAGCUGACCCACUUCUCCCGGCAGGAGAACUGCAAGGACGUCUGCAUCCAGAAGCAGAAGGGGGAGAUCCUGGGCAUCGCCAUCGUGGAGUCGGGCUGGGGCUCCAUCCUGCCCACAGUGGUCAUCGCCAACCUGAUGCACGGGGGCCCCGCAGAGAGGUCGGGCGAGCUGAGCAUCGGGGACCGCCUCAUGUCCGUCAACGGGACGAGCCUGGUGGGGCUGCCCCUCGCCACCUGCCAGAGCAUCAUCCGGGAGCUGAAGCACCAGACAGAGGUGACGCUGAACAUCGUGCACUGUCCCCCUGUCACCACGGCGGUCAUCCGGCGCCCCGACUCCAAGUACCAGCUGGGCUUCUGUGUUGAGAACGGCGUGAUCUGCAGCCUGAUGCGUGGGGGCAUCGCAGAGAGAGGUGGCAUCCGUGUGGGGCACCGCAUCAUCGAGAUCAACGGGCAGAGCGUGGUGGCAACGCCCCACGAGAAGAUCAUCCAGAUCCUCACACAGGCGGUCAGCGAGGUCCACAUCAAGACCAUGCCGGCCUCCACGUACCGCUUACUGACAGGGCAGGAGCAGCCCAUCUUCCUCUGA